UUACAGGAAGUAACACACACACAAAUCCGUCCAACAUGGCAAAGUUCCUUUCACAAACGCAAAUUAACGAAUUCAAAGAAUGUUUUUCCCUAUACGACAAGAAACGUAAAGGGAAGAUUGAGGCAAAAGACUUGAUCACAGUGAUGCGAUGUCUGGGAACAAGUCCAACCCAUGGUGAGGUGGACCGACAUCUACAGGUUCAUAAGAUAGAUAAAAAAGGCGAGUUAGACUUCUCCACUUUCCUGACCAUGAUGCACAGACAGGUGCAGCAAGAGGACCCAAAGGCAGAGAUCUUGGAGGCCAUGCGCAUGACGGACAAAAAGAAGCAGGGCUACAUCCUCGCCACUGAGCUGCGAGCAAAACUAACAGGCCUAGGAGAGAAAUUAACAAACAAAGAAGUGGAUGACCUGUUUAAAGAGGCCAACGUUGGCCGUGAUGGAAUUAUUCGUUAUGAAGAAUUUACCAGGAUGGUGACGCUCCCUCCAGCAGACUACUGAGAGAAAGGGAUGGGCACAUUUGAAAUAUACUUACAGACUAAUCAUUGCAUAAAUCUGGCAUUUGUGCCACAUUAGCCUUCACGCACCCAACAAUUCUACAAUUGCAUUAACCGUUGUGAGUGCACAUGUUUGAAACCUGUUAAAAUUGCAAAUGUUGGGAAGUUAAAAAAUGUACAUACUGCACCACUAGAUGGCACUCCAGUGUAGAUUGACUCAGAUACGGCUCUGGAUUGACUCAGGGAUUUAUAUUUGUCUUUCAUCCUGUUGCCAGUUUCCUUUAUGGGAUUUACUAUGUCCAUUAGCAGUGCAAUUACACUGAUUUUAAAAAAGAGCUGUUCUGUAUAUGGCAAUAAUAAUAAUGUUUAA